CAUAUUGGCCUGUGACCCCCACCACCACCAUUUAACCUCCAGAGUGAUUAGCUUGCCCCUCUUGUAUUCUCAUGGAAGGAGCUGAGUAUAUCUAAUAUUAGAACAUCCAGAAGCCGUUGAGGAAGGGGAUGGCUCUUCAUAUUCAUGAAGCUUGCAUACUGCUAUUGGUCAUCCCUGGAUUGGUCACCUCUGCUGCCAUCAGUCAUGAAGACUAUCCUGCUGAUGAAGGUGACCAGACCUCCAGUAAUGACAACCUGAUUUUUGAUGACUAUCGAGGGAAGGGGUGUGUGGAUGACAGUGGCUUUGUAUACAAGUUGGGAGAAAGAUUUUUCCCAGGGCAUUCCAACUGUCCGUGUGUCUGUGCUCUGGAUGGACCUGUUUGUGACCAGCCAGAAUGCCCUAAAAUUCACCCAAAGUGUACUAAAGUGGAACACAAUGGAUGCUGUCCUGAGUGCAAAGAAGUCAAAAACUUUUGUGAAUAUCAUGGGAAAAAUUACAAGAUCUUGGAGGAAUUUAAGCCCUCUCCAUGUGAAUGGUGUCGCUGUGAGCCCAGCAAUGAAGUUCACUGUGUUGUAGCAGACUGCGCAGUUCCUGAGUGUGUCAACCCAGUCUAUGAACCAGAGCAGUGUUGUCCUGUCUGCAAAAAUGGUCCAAACUGCUUUGCAGGAACGACGAUCAUCCCGGCUGGCAUUGAAGUGAAAGUGGAUGAAUGUAACAUCUGUCACUGUCACAACGGGGACUGGUGGAAGCCUGCUCAGUGUUCAAAACGUGAAUGCCAAGGCAAGCAAACUGUGUAGAACCGAGUCCCACCCGACGAUGAGCUCUUGGGAGACGAGGCUGUGGCUUCCACACAGCACAUGUUCAAAACAAGACAAAACAAACAAACUCUUGCCAGCCACAACAGGG